UACCUCGAUCAGUCGAUCUCAGUCACGGCAAACGAUGAUCACAUUAAUUUAGAUCGAGAAGGAAUAACUUUCGAAGUCCAGGCACUGCCUGGGGGAUCUUCAUAGGGCAAGCACCAUGCAUUUCUGAUGAUUCUAUCUCCGUUACAGCAUGAACUAAUAUCCCACGUCCAUGAUUACAGCUUUGUAAUGAAGACAUAUGAGACCAUUUAAAAACUUUAAGAAUAAAUCGUUGGCACUAUCCUUAUCAACCGCCACUUAUAAAACUUUUUCAAACUUGUUUAACGUACAUCCCACGUAUCAGCUGUGCUUAGCAGAAUUUCACGAACAUAAUCAUGACCACCUUUAAUUAAUUCGUGUUCAUCAGUCUGAGAUGCAUGUGCACAGUAAGGUAACAAAAUAGACACUCCUAUAAAACGAUUCUUCAUAUCAACCAGUCGGACUGCGCUUUCUGCCUGUACCGGAAGUUGGCAAUACUUUCACCAUUGACUACAAUAAUUCGACAUUCCUAAAGGAUGGGAAGCCGUUCCGUUACGUGUCCGGAAGCAUUCACUAUUUCCGAGUGCAUCCUUAUUACUGGAAAGACAGAUUUCUGAAAAUGAGGGCAGCAGGAAUAAACGCUGUACAAACAUAUGUCCCAUGGAACAUGCAUGAAGUUGUGCCUGAUAAUUACACUUUCACUGGCAUUGUUGAUCUUCCAAAAUUUCUCUCCCUUGCCCAUGAGGCUGGACUGCUUGUGUUAUUGCGACUUGGACCAUACAUAUGUGCAGAAGUGGAGUUUGGAGGACUUCCAGCAUGGCUGCUUACUUUCAAUAAAGAUAUGAUUGUGCGAACAUCAGACCCAAUUUACCUUGCUCGUGUUGACAAAUGGUACUCUGUUCUUCUGACAACUAUCCAGCCCUACUUGUAUGAAAAUGGUGGUCCUAUUGUUAUGGUACAGAUUGAAAAUGAAUAUGGCAGCUACUUUGCAUGUGACUAUGACUAUCUGCGUUUCUUGUACAAGAAAGUUCGUUUUGUGCUGGGAGAAAAUGUUGUUGUGUAUACUACAGACGGCAAUACUGAUUCCUACCUAAGAUGUGGUGUAAUAAAUGAGUCCUAUGCCACAGUUGAUUUUGGUGUCACAUAUGAUCCAGCAGCUGCAUUUAAGGCACAGAGGGACUAUGAGCCAAAAGGACCUCUGGUAAACUCAGAAUUCUACACUGGCUGGCUUGAUCACUGGGGUCAUCCACAUUCAGUGCAAAGUGAAACAGCAGUGGCCAAGUCAUUAGACCUGAUAUUAGCUUAUGGUGCUAAUGUAAACCUGUAUAUGUUUGAGGGAGGUACAAACUUUGGCAUCUCAGGUGGGGGUGAUGACCCACCGUAUAUGGCUGCCACCACAAGUCAUGACUACGAUGCCCCGCUUAAUGAAUCAGGCGAUGUUUCUCCAAAGUACUAUGCCAUAAGAGACAUUGUAUCAAAGUAUCUGGAGUUGCCACCUUAUCCCGUUCCUCCUGACACCCUGAAAGCCAGCUACGGUCAAACAGAGAUGAUGUUUGUGUCCACUGUGCAAGAUGCCUUGUCUACACUUUGUCCUGAAGGGCCCAUAUUCUCAACAUAUCCCUUGGCUAUGGAGGAUGAAAAGAUCAAACAUUACUAUGGGUACAUCUUAUAUCGGCAUAAGCUGGAGACUAAUAUAGCUGAUGGAGAGCUGUUCACAAAAGGUGUGCGGGACCGAGGUUAUGUUAUGGUGAAUCAGAAACCGAUGGGCAUGUUGUAUAGAGAUGAAAUCAUUCAGGUGAAGGUGAUGGGGUUGGCAGGACAGUAUCUGGACAUAUUUGUGGAGAAUCAGGGACGUGUGGGCUACGGCGUGGCAAUGAACUUCAUGAGCAAAGGGAUCAUCUAUAAUGUGACACUUGAUGGCCAUCUUUUGUCAGGGUGGGAGAUAUACCCAAUACAUUUGGAAUACAUACAGAAAGUGGAGAGGUCUAACAGAUUUGCUCCUGAAGUUUCAAUUUCUGGUACUCUUGAAACUCCAUCUAUAUACAAGGGAAAAAUCAACAUUCCUAAUACAGCAGAUCAACCCCGAGAUACAAACCUUGACAUGAGGCCAUGGGUCAAGGGCCAGGCCUUCAUAAAUGACUUCAAUGUAGGUCGCUACUGGCCUCAGAAAGGACCUCAGGUAACACUUUAUGUACCAGCUCCAACCAUGGCAAUACCAGGCGACAAUUUCCUCUUUGUUCUAGAACUGGAGUACUCUCCUUGCAGCUUCAACACCUCUUGCUCUGCUUUAUUUACAUCUGUACCUUACCUUAAUGCUCCACCUGAACCUGACGAUUAUUAGGACAUAAACUUUGUGCUAAUCAGGUCUGGAUUCAUUCAGGAAUCCUAGUCAUUUUUACACACUAAGCAAACUAAAUACAUGAAAUUGAAAUGCUGUCUACCUAGAAAUGCUCUCAUUCAAAUGAUGUAUAAUGACAGUGGGGACAUCUUAACCUGAUGCCAUUUAUGUAUCAAGAUUAAACUUGAGUGAAGUCAACCUUUUUAAUGGUUCUCAUAGUAAAAUAGACAUAUUAAAGCAUUUAUUUCUUACAUGCAUAUCUCAUGCACAUUAGCACUGUGGUACAAAGAAAUUUUACCUAUUGUGUUUUAAAGAAAAUCAAUUUGUCUCUAGUCUUUACAAAGCUUGACAUGCCAUGAUAUAGCCUUCGUUGCUGAUUCAGCGUAAAACACCAAUCCUCUUCACAAAGCUUGAGAUGUGUCACCAUCUGUGGUUGUAUGUAGUGUUGAUCAAGAAAUAACAAUUAAAAGAGGUUUGAAAUAAAUCCUGCAUGGUCAUGAAAGUUCUUUGUAGCAGCAGACAAUUCAAGCUCCAUUAAACUGGUCUUUGGACUUUUAGCAUCGGAAACAUUUUAUUAUUCAUUUAUGUAGGACUGAUGACAAAGAGCAUAAUUGAACUUCUUAAAAACAGACUUUAGAUAAGUUUAAUACUAACUGCACUGAGAGUUUGUUGUGGAAUUAAUAAGGGUGCAUUGUUGUAAGCUGUAUAAUUAGCAUUAAUAGGCUAAAAACUAUAUAUUUAUGUUGCCUUCAUAUUGCCAAGUAUUUAUGUUGUUUACCAGCCUUACUGCUUUAGCAUGUAUUCUACACCAGUCAGCCUCAGAAACUGAAAUUUUGCUGGACUGUGGGAGAAGCUGCAGCAGAAGAUAGAGGCUGCCAUAUUAAAGGUUUAACACCCAA